CUUGUCAAUUCGUCCUCACGUUUCCCGGGAAGAAGAAGGUUGCCAAGGCAUCCGACGGUUUACAAAUAUGUCGACAACAUAAAUCUGUUUCUUCCUAGCAUGGCUGUCAUCUUCCUCGAAUUCUCUUUUCACGUCCUACAGUUUAUUAGUUUCCUGCUGAUAACGUCCUUGGUGAAUACCCAAAACAUCGUCGUUUUCCAGCCCUCCUUCCUUGUUACCAGUGGACCCUCGGCCAAUGUUCUGUUACUGGGAAACACUUCACAGAUUUCGUUCAUUCUGCGGAAAGUCAACCGACAAAACUCAAAAGGAAGCAAUGAAUCAUGCGUUGCUGAAGAAACACAGUGGACGCUCACAAGGGAACACCUUGGAAAUGCGGCAGUUCAAGUUCGCCUGAAACUAGAGAGGAGUUUGCGUCUGUGUGGUUUGAAUGAAACAGACCUUGACUGCUGCCCGAGGCGUCUCUGUGUUCUGGAGGCAAUUCAGGUGGCUGCAUGUCUCAGCGAUGUUCUCCAGACAUCUGUGACCAUCCAGGCCAGGAUUUAUGCUCGAAUAUUUCCAACUCUUUCAGGACCUGACAACAAGACCAUCAUCACUAACCAAGUCUACCAGCCUCUGGGCUCCUGUCCGUGUGACCUCACGUUGAGAAAAUGUGACAUCCGCUGCUGUUGUGAUAAGGACUGUUCACCGGAUGAUGUGGAACUGUUUCGCUCACAGUGUUUUAAGGGUCCAUUCGGGGGCCAAGUCAGUUCGGCUCCAGACUUUCAGUGCUCCAGUCAGGCUGCUAAAAACUCUCCUGAUUGGUUUCCAUUUCUAUGUGUCACAUCCCCACCAGAAAACAAUCCCUACUUAGGACUCUUCUAUCAGGGUGACAAAAUUGUACCAACACGUGGACCUUCCUUCAACACACCUGCUUUACCAGCACCUGUGCCCACCACUAUGUAUCACCAAGGAAGUCCCAUUUUCACCAUUGAUGAUCAGUACUUCACUAUUCCUCAGCUGGUUCUAGGUCGUUGUGUGAAGAACUCUCCUGUGGCCUUUUUGAAGAACUUCAAGGCUGAGUGUGUGACUCCGCUACAGUCUUGUCCCGUGGAAACACCUUUGCUAACAACGCUAACAGACUUAAUGAUUCAAGUGAAAAAUGGACAAGGCGGAGUAAUAAAUGUUAACGUAGUUGAUACAGGGACCAAGGACUUUACAGACUUUGGUUCAAGCACGACAACAUCGGUAUCUCCAGUUGUAUGUGAAAACGUAACAACUGCGUUGGAUUACAAAUUUCACUGGGAAGGAAAUGACAUCACAAACAUCACAGUGGUUCGCACUGUUGCUACAUUUUCUCUUCAUGACAGUGUGAUGUUGACUACAAGAUAUUCCGCUGAGUUCCUGAAAGGAGUUUUAAAAGACGAGCCCAAAUCAGGCAACCCAGGUUAUCAGACAGGCAAGCCAGUUAUUGUUGGAAAUGUGAACAUGCUUGAGAAUGAAACUGACGUGGUUCAACGUUCAUCGCUCAGCAUCUUCAAUCCAGUGAGUGAUGGCCUUUGUUCCGCCGUUGAGAAGAAACCAGUUUUGUUUGGAGAGAAUUCAACGUCCGGAUGUAUGUUCCCUGCCUCCAGCCUGAACCUGAGUCAGUGCAGUCGUCUACGGGGAGCAGUUGUAUCUUUCCUGGAGUCUCUAGUUGACGUCACGUUAGUUGCGAGGGCCGGGAACCCUGAUUACAUAAAUGUGACUAACUGGUCAAAUAUAAGUUUUGUCACGCUCAACGCCAGCACCACAGAGGAGAGCACCAACUGUUCAUGCAGCGGGAUCCCAACUCACCUGGAGAUCCACAUCUGGAGUUCAGUCACUGGCUGGAUCGAUGGGCACCCUCAGAAGGAAAUCUCUGCUAUGCAAGUGAACACACACUUGUCCACCUGGACUCUGGACUGUGAAGGAGGGGAUGUCGCCCUAUGUUUGAAUCCCACAGAGACUCAGCUCUUUCCUGUCACGUCUUCUGUUACCUUCAUAGAUAUUCUUGGUAACACAAGACCUCUAAAAACUAGAUUUCAGAUUAACUUCACCGAGUACGACUGCAGCAGAAAUGAUAUCUGUUGGCCUGAGCUUGCCUUUCCAGUGACACGGUUUUACGCAGUUCUAAUUGAAGGACAAGAAUUUCUGGUGAACUUUACUACCAGGCGCUGGCCAAGGGUCUGAUUCUGGUCUUCUUUUUUAUUGUUGUGUCACUUCUGGGGACUCCAUGGAGGCAGAUCAGACAGGCUUGGACUAGUGCAUGUCUGUGACAAAGGAGAACAUCAAAGGAAAAAACAGGAGUUGGAAUUAUUCUGUUUGAU